AUGCUUCGCUAUCUUCAACUUCUAACGCAAGGCACCGAUGCCGCAAACUCGGGAACGGCGCGCCAUCACAGAAACAGAGAGGAAAGUGGUACGACAACAGAGCAAGCAUCUUCACACGCACACGGACUUGAAGACAGGUUAACUAGCGAGACCCAUUUGCGUCGCUUCACCGAGACUGUACUGGACUCGCGGCAACAGGAAAUUGAGGACCGUGAAAUGGAGAAAGACGAACUGAUACUCCGUGUGGAAGCACUCGAAAAACAGCUUGCUAGCACCCAACAGCAGCUCGAGGAGACUCAGGACCAGGUUUUUCGUCUACAACCUAGCAGAAAGGACAUUACAGAAUCAGAGGCAAAGGAUGCCUACAAGACUCUUGUUGGGAAUGUUCAACGAUGGGUUGAAAACCGUGCCGGGCAUAUCAUUGAUGAAUUGGAAACGGGCCGUCUCACGAGUAGACUAGUUCCUCCAGAAGGUUCACGACUUGUCACACUUCUCAGAGAACAAUCCAGGCGGUGCAUUAAUGUGAGCCAAUCUGAUGAGUUCCAAAUCAUGGGGGCCAUCAUGAACUAUCUUCACAUUACCAUGUUUUCCAAGUCAUUCUAUUGUCCUUUGGAUGAUAACGACGACGGCGGAACCGCUGUAUGGAUUGAUGAGCUUGAAAACACUAUGUCCGGGCUGCAAAGAGAUCUUCAGGCUUCUGUUCGACGGAGUAUCGUGGAGCCUGCGGCAGACCUCGUCCACCAACUUCAUCUGGCACCCAGUAUCUAUUCCUUGAAGUGGCCAGCUCGGUCAGCCUCAACACGACUUGAAGUUUACCAAUGCUUCAACCUUGCAAAUGGGGGGACACUUCUUGACUUAUCUGGGACUAAGUCCUCUUCGCCAGCAAGGCGCAAUGUCAUGUAUUUAUUUGAUAUAGCUCCUGGUCUGUUUGUCGAGAGGAUUGAGGAGGGGAGAAAACUCGGACUGAAGGCAAUCGUCAAGCCUACCGUUCUCGUUACAAAUGCAGGGGGGGAUAUAUCUCAGGGCCCAACGGUAAUGAGAUGGCUAUGGGAUGGUAUACCAUCUUCCCAGGGUUCUAGCCGAAGCACAUCAAGGGCAUCAAGUGCAAGAAGGCCAGCUGGAUCCGUCGUAUCAUCAUCGGGCAGAUCGAGAUAUUAG